UAGCAUCAACUCUUACAACUCAAGGUAAAUCUCUGCAUGGUAUGCUGGAGACUGCAGGGCAAUUGCCAACUCCGAAUCUUACAAGAUGACACAAAAGAGCGUGUGCUGGCCUCCACUGAGCUGUGUGUUCCAUCACUUUGCUGGCAGCACUUGUUGAACACGCUAUCAGCACGGAGCAAUCCUGAAUGCAUGCUGCGGCGGAUCCGAAAGUAAGAACUUCUGGAAGUGAUGAAACGAGACCAGAAAUGCAUCUUCCUGUUGCAUGUUCUCACUCGCCUUCGCAUUGGAUCUCUUGAUCCUCUUGAGCAGUAUUUCCUGGAUGAAACUUCCAGAAAUGGAGUUGGCAAUGGGGUCAGUUUUCCCAAGAGAACCACUGACACCAGUCCCUUACAGUCUUCAUCUUACAACUAUCCCAAUUGGGCGGCAAGCUUCGGGAUCUACACAUCCUUGGUCACCAGACUUUGGGGAAGCCUGCAAUUUCGAAGAGGAGCUUUCUACUGAUGUCAUCAACAGCUCCACUGCUUGUAUGGAGCAAUGUCCAAGCCACAACUUACAAAUCUGUUGGUUGCGUGUACGAAAGGAGAUACCCACUCCCAACAACUCUUUCGAGCAAGAAGCACAAAGUGGUCGUCAGAGCAAUAGUAAGCAGUGUCCAAACACCGGGCGACACAAGGCACGAUGUCCAUGAUCCACUGUCACUUGGCAUCGUGAAAUACUAUUACCGGUC